AUUAUUCAUGUGUUUGAUUGACUUGAAUAUCAAAACAAUGCCAUGUGUUUGAUGUGAUGGUUGACCACAAUAUCGACGAUAUAUUGGAUCCAAACUUCAUUUGAUUUGAAUGACAAUGACUAAAGCAAACAGAAGAAAAUACAACAAUUUUAGUGAAUCUGAGCUAAAGUUGAUGACAAUUCAGGAUAUAAUCAAAGAGUUGCUGAAGAAUCUGAGUGACGGUCAAGAUGUGAAUUUAACGAAACUUAAGUGUGAAAUAUCUCAGAAAUAUGGUCUCAAAUCUCAGCCCCGAUUAGUUGACAUCAUAUCUUGUAUACCAUAUGAACACAAACAGCUUUUAUUACCUAAACUCAGGGCUAAACCGAUCCGUACGGCCAGUGGUAUAGCCGUAGUGGCAGUGAUGUGCAAACCUCAUCGUUGUCCUCACAUUAAUAUGACUGGAAAUAUAUGUGUGUACUGUCCGGGUGGACCCGACAGUGACUUUGAAUAUUCGACCCAAUCCUAUACCGGUUAUGAACCGACAUCAAUGAGAGCUAUUAGAUCUCAUUAUAAUCCUUAUCUUCAAACCCGUAACCGAAUUGAACAAUUGAGACAAUUAGGACACAAUGUGGACAAAGUUGAGUUCAUUGUAAUGGGCGGCACAUUCAUGUCAUUGCCUAAUGAGUACAGAGACUAUUUCAUCCGCAAUCUUCACGACGCCCUUUCAGGUCACUGCAGUUCUUCAGUAGAAGAGUCCAUACUUUUUAGUGAAAAGAGUCGAACCAAAUGUAUUGGUAUUACAAUAGAGACGAGACCUGACUAUUGUCUGAAACGUCAUUUGGGAGAUAUGUUAAGCUAUGGCUGUACACGACUUGAAAUUGGAGUCCAAUCGGUCUAUGAAGACAUCGCUCGGGACACCAAUAGAGGUCAUACGGUUAAAGCCGUUACCGAAUCAUUUCAAUUGGCAAAAGAUUGCGGUUUCAAAGUUGUUGUGCAUAUGAUGCCAAACUUGCCGAAUGUUGAUUUAGAAAGGGAUGUCCAUCAGUUUAUUGAGUUCUUUGAAAACCCUGAUUUUCGAGCCGAUGGCCUUAAAAUAUAUCCAACACUUGUUAUUAGAGGGACUGGUCUUUACGAGCUAUGGAAGAAUGGUAGGUAUCGCAGUUAUCCACCAUCUGUUUUGGUUGACUUAUUGGCACAAAUUCUUGCUUUGGUACCGCCGUGGACUCGUGUUUAUAGAGUUCAGAGGGAUAUACCAAUGCCUUUAGUGACUUCAGGUGUAGAACACGGAAACAUAAGGGAAUUGGCACUCAAAAGAAUGAAUGACUUCGGAACCAAAUGCAGAGAUAUUAGAACGAGAGAAGUGGGUAUUCAAGAGAUACAUCAUAAGGUGAAGCCCGAAGAAGUGGAACUCAUUAGAAGAGAUUAUGUGGCUAACGAUGGUUGGGAAACAUUUCUUUCAUAUGAAGACGUAGAGCAAGAUAUACUUAUAGGUCUUUUGCGUCUUAGGAAGUGCUUGAAGCCAGCGUUCAGACCUGAACUUAAAGGUAGAGUUUCUAUUGUUCGGGAACUACAUGUUUAUGGCACAGUUGUGGCCGUCUCUUGCAAAGACCCGACUAAGUUUCAACACCAGGGAUUCGGUGCACUUCUUAUGGAAGAAGCGGAACGGAUUGCCAGAGAAGAACAUUUAUCCGAUAAAAUUGUUGUCAUUUCCGGAGUCGGAACUCGAAAUUAUUAUCGAAAGCUUGGCUAUGAAUUAGAUGGACCUUAUGUUUCAAAAUUAUUAUAAAAUUAUAUCUUAUCUAUAGUUUUAUUAUUUGCAGUUUUCGUGAUAUAAUAAACGAAAGAUUUUGACUAAAAUAUGAAUUUUCUGUAAUUAUAAUUGUU